AUGAUGGAGGGGAUUCUUGCUACAUUGGUUCAAUUCUAUGAUCCAUUGUAUCAGUGUUUUACCUUUCCAGAUUAUCAACUUGUGCCUACCUUGGAGGAGUUUUCUCACUUGAUUGGCCUACCCAUCCAUGAUCAAGUUCCCUUUCUCGGUUUAGAAGAAACUCCAAAGAAUCAAGACAUUGCAGAAGCUACUCAUUUAAAGAUGUCUGAGAUCAAAGCUAAUCUAACUACAAAAGGAGGAAUUCUUGGCUUGCCUGCUAAAUUCUUGAUAGAGGAAGCUCGUUAUUUUGCUAGCAUAAAUAGUAUGGAUGCUUUUGAGGCUAUUCUUGCCUUGCUCAUCUAUGGAUUUUUCCUCUUCCCUAAUGUUGACAACUUUGUUUACAUUAAUGCUAUCAAAAUAUUCUUAAUUGGAAAUCCAAUACCUACCUUGCUUGUCGAUGUUUACCAUUCAGUCUAUCUCAGGAUUUUUCAUAAGGGAGUAAUGGCCAUAUGUUGUGUAACUCUGCUCUACAAGUGGUUUAUUUCACACUUGCCUGGAUCUACUGCCUUUUGGGACCUUAAAGAUGGUUUGCUAUGGCCACACAAGAUUAUGUCUUUCACUCAUUCUUACAUUGAGUGGUUUGAUCGUGCUUAUGAGGGGGUGACAAUUAUUGAUAGUUGUAGUGAGUUUUCUAAUGUACCUCUUCUUGGUACAAAGAGUGGCAUUAACUAUAACCCGAUUUUGGCUCUCCGUCAGUUUGGAUACCCAAUGAAGGACAAGCCCAACACCAUCUUCUUAGAGAAAUUCUUCUUCAAGGAAGGAGAGGACAAUGAAGCAUUCAAAGAAAAGAUUGUGCAUGCCUGGCGCCACGUCCAUAAGAAAAGAAGAGAAGUUCUAGGAAAGCUAGAUUGUGUCUCUUUGGAGCCUUAUCUCCAAUUGGUGCAAGCUAGGGUCGUCGGUUUGAAAAUUCCUUAUCGUCGACAAGAGCGUUUGUCUUUAACUAUUAAGAAACCUUCUCUCAUUUUCAUGACUGGCACGGAGAAACUCAAGAUUGCUUUGACUAGGGUGCAACAAGAAAGGGAUGCUUGGAAGAAUAAGUAUCAGAUCAUCCAUGCAGAGAAUAAAGAGCUUCAAAGACACUUGAAGCAGAGGAAUGAUGAAGAGAUUGCUAAUAAGAAAAGAAAGGUUCAAGAUGAUUUAUUUUCCUCUAGCAUUAUUCCAGUUCCUGGUUCAAAUAAUCCUCCUACCUCAUGCGCUUGGAAGAUGAUUGUCGACAAGCUAAUGGUUGAAUAA